GGGGUCAUCCAUUUGGGCUAGCAGAGGAGGAGGAGCACGAGGAGGAUGACGAUGGAGUGAGUUGAUUGAAUGAAUGCGAGGAGUAAGUGCGAGGAGGAGGAGGAGGAGGAGCAUUGUAUUGUUUUGUUUUGUUUUGGGGGGGUUCUGAUUGAUUCUUCUUCUUCGCCAAUCUUCCGCACGGAGUGAGGGAGAGGAGUGGCGGGGAAGGAAAAAUAUUUCGGACAGAAGCUUUUUUGCUGGUGUGCAAUUGAAGUCGUAGGCGAUUCUUGGUGGACUUGAUUUUUUUGAAUAAUACGUAUUUCGAGUCACGGAAGUCUGAGGGUGUAGCUUUUCUUACACAAUUUUGGAGCCAUUUUCGGAGAACUGUGGAGCUCUGCGCUAGACUAUAUUUCAUUGCAAGAAUGAGGAGAAACUGUUAACAGGUUCCUGAAUUCCCUUCAUUCGACUAUUGCUCUGCGUUUGGCACAAUGAUGGCGGUGGCACACGCACCUGUUGGUGUCGCCACGACUGUUGGAACAAUUUCCAGUUCUGUACGACGGCGGUCCGGGUUUGGACAGUUUGCCGUAAGAUGUGAGAUGGAAAGGGUGGUUGCAGAAACGGCUACACGCACUACAGGCGGCAACAUGGAGCCCGGUAGGUGGAAAGAGAUUCAGAGCCAGCAUCAUUCGUCUGUAAAUGUUGGUGAUGCGGCAAUACCAAGAACCAAACGUGCUGCGGAUGAAGAUGCGGAGGUUUUAAUUGAAUGUCGUAAUGUUUACAAAUCUUUCGGCGAGAAGCAUAUUUUGCAAGGUGCUAGCUUUAAGAUACGACAUGGAGAAGCAGUGGGCAUUAUUGGCCCUUCUGGCACAGGCAAAUCUACUAUCCUUCGCAUCAUUGCUGGACUGCUUGCUCCAGAUAAGGGAGAGGUAUAUAUACGCGGAAGGAAAAGAGUUGGUCUGGCAAGUAUGGAUGAAGAUUCGUUUGGCCUUCGAAUUGGUUUGGUAUUUCAGAGUGCAGCAUUAUUUGAUUCGUUAACCGUCCGAGAAAAUGUUGGAUUUAUGCUAUAUGAACAUUCCAAGUUGUCUAAUGAGAGAAUAGCUGAACUAGUUCGAGAAAGCUUAGCAGCUGUUGGUUUGAAGGGUGUCGAAGAGCGACUACCAUCUGAGUUAUCAGGAGGUAUGAAGAAGAGGGUAGCUCUAGCCCGUGCCAUUAUCUCUGACGGCAAGCCAGGAUGCACGGAGGAAGAGUUGGUUAUGUAUGACGAGCCUACGGCAGGACUGGACCCAAUUGCUUCGACAGUUGUUGAGGACUUGAUUCGAUCAGUUCACAUAAAUGGUAAUGAUGCUCAAGGAAAGCCUGGAACCAUAUCCUCUUACGUCGUUGUAACUCAUCAACAUAGCACCAUUCGUCGAGCUGUUGAUAGAAUAUUGUUCUUACACGAAGGGAAAGUGGUUUGGGAAGGCCCAACUGCCGAGUUUGAUACGUCUACAAAUCCUAUUGUUCGCCAGUUUGCAGAUGGCAGCUUACUUGGUCCAAUUCGGUAUUAAGAUUCAGAAUGUUAAGUGACUCUUUGUUUCGGCUAAUGAAUUGCUCGCCAGUGUUACUUAUUGUAUAUAGGUGCUCUAAGUAUGAGCUUGAGAGCUUGAGAUGCUACCAGAUUUUGGUUUGCAGUUUAUUUGAUUCAACCUUCUACCUAAAGGUUUGAAGGUUCAAUUUGAAACACAUUGUUGUUCUUAUUAAUACUAAGACUUGUCACAUCAUUCGAGCUUACAAAACCAA